GAUAUCCUUAAAGAUUGUAUUCCACUUAUAAGAUUUUUUCACAUGGAUGAUGGCGAAUAUAUUAAAAAAGUUGUGCCACGUAUUCAUUUGCUCCCACAUCAGUUAUGUGGAGAUCUAAUUUGCUACAAACAGACUAAGGGUGUACUUAAACCUAAAUCAAAAUUAUUGCCGCCCAGGGAAAGAGUGUCAACAACUAAGAAACCUCGUAAUAUCUCAGACCCCUCCACAAGCACCUCACCGACUCAUAAGGAGCCUCCUAUACAUAUAGCAGAUGGUCAAAGUGAACCUUUGAAGACUCAACCAGAACCCAGAAGAUCACAGACGCCUUCAGGUAUUAAUAUUGACAGUCCAAACACAUCUCACCCACCACAAGAAAAAGUCAAGUCACAAAUUCUCAAUGAUGCACAGAUUCAGUGGGUAUUAAGUGUUGUGAUAUUCCAUCAACAUAAAGUGAAGAAGACAUGCUUUCUUAAAUUACUUUAUCAAGGUAGUCAUGAUGGUUAUAAACCAAGUGUUUUCCAUAGCUUGUGUGACAAUCAAGGGCCUACUAUUACAGUUAUUAGAACCAAGGAAAAUGAGAUAAUUGGAGGAUAUAACCCCACAAGUUGGGACAAAACACUUGAGAGGUUUACACAUACAUCUUAUAGUUUUCUAUUUGCAGUGAAGUCAAGUGGCAAUGUUGUAAGUUUUUGUCAAAAACCUGCCACUGCUGUUCGUAAUGACCCAACUUAUGGACCAGCUUUUGGUACAGAUUUAGUUCUUUUUGGUGGUUUCACUUCUCCCAACAAUUAUACUUAUCAGGAUGUAUAUGAUAUGCCUAUUAGAGAUAGCAGCGAAAUGUUUGCUGUGAGGGAGAUUGAAGUCUUUCAAGUUACUUUUUAG